ACCUUUAUUAAAUGGGCAUGCAGCAUGCAGCGAGGGAAAUGAAUGCGUUUUCUCAUUUCCGUUGAAUUCACCGGAAAUGAAAAUGUUUCAUGUGAAGAUGAAUGGUUACCAAUGGGUUAUUAAUGGUAAUUAGAUAACCAUUAGUUCUCUUGCAUACGGGGAAAUCACUAGGUAUGAUAAAAACUCAGAUGAGUAACAUCAACAACUGACUGAACCAGUAAGUGUCCUACAUUGAUCGCGAAAUAACGUUCUUCUGCAAAACAUCUUCGCGAAAUAUGUAGUUACGUACGUGUCAAAUAGAAAAGUUAAUAAUGAAAAUAUUUGAAUUUUGAACUUUAAAAAAUGUUAUCCCUUACGAGGAAACGGAUGCAUCAGUUGCAAGAACAAUCAACGUGCGAUUUAAAUACGUACAACCACUUUUCAAGUAUUGAUUACCUAUUACUUUUAAUAAACCAAAAUGUCAAACAAUGAUUCGCUUUGUGGAUUCGUAAAACAUGAAAUUGGUUCUUAUUAUAAAGAGAAUAUCCAUGUAUAUAUCACCAUACCGAUAUGUUCGGUAGGGAUGAUUUUAAAUCUUCUUAACGUAUUGGUAUUCACAAGGAAAACGAUGAAUUCGCCACCGAAUCUGAUACUCGCUCAUUUGGCCUUCGUGGAUUUUCUAUUUUUACUAUCUAAUAUUGCAGAAUCUUGGUUAACAUACUUUCAAUUUGAAAAUGAUUCAGACCGAAAACAGUCUUACGGAUGGACAAUACUUUAUUUGUACAGCGACAUUUCUUUAGACACGUUUCACUUUAUAUCGAUAUUUCUGACAGUGCAGUUGGCUGUAUGGAGAUACAUAGCAGUGGUGCAUCCGUUGAAGGAACGUCAUUGGUGCACCAAGAAAAUUACUCGAAACGUGGUGAUAACUGGACACGUCGUUUGCACCGUUUCGUUUGCUGUAGCGUAUCUUUUGUCACUUGAUAUUGAUGCGAGAAACGUAGACGGAAUAACCUAUUACAAAGUCACAUCAAAGCGACAUCCCAUCACGAAUUCAAUAAGAUUCCUCGCCUACGGAUUAGUGAUCAAGAUAUUCCCAUCAUUCGUAUUAGCAGGACUUACUUCAAGAAUCGUCGUUACCUUAUUAGCACGAAAAAACCAUCGCGAGCAAUUAGGUCCAUCCGCGAGCACUCGAAGUAACAUUAAAAAUGUCGAAAUGAGACAACAAACCAAGAGGUCAACUACGAUAUUGUUGGCAGUUGCGGCAUUAUUUUUCAUGGCCGAAUUUCCAGUAGGGAUUCUACGAUUACUGGCAACGAUUAAUGAGCGUGAUUGGAAAGCGUGUUACUAUUCACUGGGAGAGAUGUUUUUGACAAUAGCUAAUAUUAACACAUCCGUCACAUUUAUGGUAUACUACACCUUGAGUCAGCAAUUUAGAACCACAUUUAAAUCCAUGUUCAGUGGUAACCCACGUACCAGUAUUUCUCAUCAAACACACCCCCCUCUUGUUUUGGGUGAUUCCAAAGAAACAGAUUCAGGAUGGAAAUCUUUUGAAGUUUAGUUGCAAUACAAAGGGUGUCCGUAACGUCAGGUACACAAUUAUUUUCGGUGGGAAGGGUUGUACCUACCUAGGAACUUGAUUUUUGGAUAUGUUUUAGAGGGAUGGUUUUGGAAGCAUUUGCCGCAAACUGCGUUUAAAUUCAUGCAGUGGUAUGAUUUUACAGUCUUUCUGAACAUGACGAUUUCUGUCUACGUAUGUGUAAGUACACGCCUGCAGAGGUGCCUUCUAUGAUACGUUUUUUUCCACGCAAAACAAAGGACACUUUUGAAGAUUAAUUACAAGAUUAGAGGGAUAUAUGGUUUGAGUGUGGUUUCUAGAAGACAAAGGUCAGCUUAGAGCCCAAAAUUUGAUAUCAGUAAGAUGUGUGUGAAUGAUAUGCCGCAAGAUGGAUAGGCAAAGUGUUUUGAGACAUUCAGGGUGUCUUUUUGUAUAAAUUUCUUCCAUGUGGAGAAACAAUUGAUAUCUGUAAGGAGUUGAAGAAGCUGAGGAACGAUAUUAGGUUCAGUAAAAAUUGUUGUGGAUACCUCCAAGCUUGAUCAAUGUGUCUUUUUCGUGAUAACGCGACUUUCCACAUGAAGAGAAAAACAAAGGUUUGGUUAGACAAAGUGAAAUGGAUAGUUAAGGACCCCUCCCCAUCCAGCCUGGACAAGGAAACCUUUGAUUUUCACUUCUUUGGAUUUCUAAAACAACAUUUUGGUGGUGAAAAGUCCAAUGACCACAACAUUUUUCAAGUUUGAGUUGAAAAUUUCCCAUAUAGCACAAGCGAUGCCAAAGUCGAUGGAAAAGACGAGAUCUCUAAUCCGUUACUUGUUGACACGACAUUUGUUGACACCAAUGUCGAUAAAUGACGAGUGAGAAGUUGAUAUCAAAAUUGACUAUCUUCUCUCUUCAUUUUUUGUCUCGACAAGGUCUCAACAUUGAUGUCAUUUUUUUGAGUCUAAAAGAAGCAAAUUUUGAUUGAAAAAUGUGCAAAAUGUGUCCAAAACUCUUUUUUAGAUUCAAGUAAAAUUAUUCUCAAAAGUAUUUCACCCUAAAAAAAAUUUUUGAAAGAAAAAAAGUUGCCCUGGGUAGGGAUUGAACCUAGGUUGCUAUUCACUUCUGUCACAUUCCCUAACCACUAGACCAUUGCCACUGUUGAGUGGAGAGGCCUUAAAGGAAUAUUCAGUCCAUCUUAUUCUGGACUUGGAAAAUUUUUCUUAUUGUAUUGUUGACUUUGACUCUGACAUCGACAAAUGAGUCGGCAACACUUCGAAAUUUCUAAAAAAAUUUAUAGAUCUUGUAAUCGACAUCAACUUCCUCAUCAAUAUUAACCAGAAGAUUGAUGUCGAUUACAAGAUCUACAGAAGUAUCUACUCAAUGACAACAUUUUGUAGAUACUUUUGUAGACCCUAUAAUCGAUAUCGAAAUUCAGGUCGUCUUGCCGAUGCCAAAGUUGAUGACAAUUAUUAGAUCGACAAAAGUAACUAUUCAAGAUCAAAAUUUUGUAGAUGCUUUUGUCGAUCUUAUAGUCGACAUCAACUUCGGAUCGACAAGACCACCUGAAUUUCGACAUCGAUCAUGGGUCUACAAAGGUAUGUAUCUGCAAUAUAUCAAAAUCUUGCACAUGACUGUAGAUACAAGUGUAGACAGCAAUGACGACCAUCAGCAUUUUCAUCAUAAUUUUUGAUAAAAGUGUCAAUUUUUAAUUAAUCAUCUUAAACGUAGUUAGAUUGAAGCCCUUUGUGGAUAAUGUUCGGACUUUUUUCAAUCAACAAUCAUGUAAAAUCAUGUCGAUACUUUUGUCGAGGCCACUGACGAUCUCGUCAGUGCUACGCGGGUUCUUCAAAAAUGAGAGUGUAGGUAAGUUACAGGUUUUCGAAGAGGGAAUUUUGAAAUUGAAAAUACGGUGGGAUCUGCUCAUUUCAUGUUGGAACUUGAAAAACAUUUCAGAGAGAAAAUGUGUCAAUUUUCUACAAGCGUUGUUAAGUAAGUAUAUGAACAUACAGCAUCGUAUUUUCCCAUUUCCUUUCACAAAUUUUGUGUAAAACUCAGGCCAGAAUUGAGAAUUCUGCACAUGAAGUUGAUUUUUAGUGAGUUUUUGAAUUCUCUCAAGAUGGCAUCACUUUUUUAUGAUUUAGGGAAAAUUCUUUCCGCGAAAUUCUUCGCGUUUACCAGUAUUGGAAAACCCCGGUUUUUUGUUGAACAAAAAAAUUAAAAAUCCGUUUUUUUGUGCGUUUAAAAUAUAUUUUUUGUUUUAAAUUUAAAUUCAAAUGUAAAAUUCGGCCCAUUUUACACGUUUUUAAAACACGUUUAAAACAAGAAAUUUCGUUUUUUCAAUAAGUACCUAUAUGUAAUGGUUUCAGAUUCAGUUUUGUUGUUGUUUUUUUAAAGACUUUUUUUACUUCCACCUUGUAAUUUU